CUUUGUGGGAACUACAGCGUCUGCACGACUCGUUCAGAACUCACACCUACGCGCUCGUUGUGGAUGCUCGCCGUCUGCGGAACGUCAGCUCGUCUCAUGAGUUCCUGAGACAUAUGGACAGGUUCUCCGCCAGAAGCAGUGUCAAGAGAAUAGUCUUAAACCUUGCCAACAGAGACACUUACCAAGCUGUACUGAAUCAGCUCGUCGAUGUGGGCAUGAAUCGCCACAACUACCACUACCUGUUGGCUGGACCUUUUUACAUUUGUGUCGAAAUUAGGGGUUUCCUUCAUAGUUCAGUAAAAGACACAUACAUUAGACUGUACUGA